CAGUGAUUUGCAGUUUGAACCUUCUGCCUCUCCGUAGUGAAGAUGCUGAAGCUGAAACCUGUGUGUGUGUAGUGUGUGUGUGUGUGUCAGUGCUUUUUUUUUGUUAUUCCAGCUUUGCUGCGUGCAAACACGGAAGAUUUCUUUUUGUGUUGUUUUUUUCUUGGAAACGCGACGUGCACGAAGCCGCACGAGCGUCACGGAAUAGCGGCCGAAAUGCUCUUUGUGCCGACAUGCACGCGCGGUAUCCUGCUCUAUUUCGGCGUCACCGCGCUGUGCUCGCGCUCCGGGCUGCACGUCCUGAAUUAACAGACCAGGAGGAAAUAACGGCGAGCGGCUGCACGCCACAUUGCAUUGCGUUUCCUCUGGAUAUGAUGCGCAUUUCAUCACAACCUGCUCCCAUGCACGCUUUAUGAAAUCAUUAUUUGUGGUGGAAUAGACGCUUCUUCUAAAAAAAAUAACACGAGUAAUACAAACCCCUCCAGGCUGCUCUGCUAGUCAGCGGCUGAACUGCUUAAACAAAGAAAUGCAUUCUUAAAGAAGGCGGCACAGGCUGGUUUUGCCAUUAAGGUAAUUUCUCUGUGUUGCUGUGCAGAGGAGAGGCAAGGCAGUGUGGAGCGAGGCAGGGGGAGCUGCUGAGCGGAUGCCUGUAGCGGCGGGCGCCGCGUGCCCUCAACAAUGAGCCGGCUGAUGCUGGGCCGCACUCUGGAGCGGGUCUGUAAGGCUGUGCUGCUGCUCUGCCUCGUGCACUUCCUGAUCAUGAUGAUCCUCUACUUUGACGUCUACAGUCAGCGCUUUGACAUCUUCAGCCGUUUUAACAACGGCCGCGGCGCCAACGCUUCACGCUGGCCUCACCAUUCCUACUACAACUACUCCGGUGCCAGGCCCAAUGCCACCUUUGCCAGCUAUGUACCCUCUUCAGAACAGCUGCCACCCAGUGGCAAGCCAGAGCCCAACCAUACACACACAACCCCCAAGCCUAUUCCUCCCUGCCCAGAGGUACCACCUGGACUGGUGGGACGUCUCCUGAUUGAAUUCAGCUCUCUGAUGAGCAUGGAGAGGGUACAAAGGGAGAACCCUAAUGUGACAGAAGGGGGCAAGUACACACCACGGGACUGUCGGCCGAGGCAAAAAGUAGCCAUUAUCAUUCCGUUCCGGCACAGAGAACACCAUCUUAAAUACUGGCUCCACUACCUGCACCCCAUCCUCCGGCGGCAGAAGAUCGACUACGGGAUCUACAUCAUUAACCAGCUGGGCGAGGACACUUUCAACCGGGCCAAGCUGCUAAACGUCGGCUAUACAGAAGCUCUUAAGGACGCUGAAUACGACUGCUUCAUAUUUAGUGACGUGGAUCUGAUCCCCAUGGAUGACCGCAACCUGUACCACUGCUACGACCAGCCGCGCCACUUCGCCAUCGCCAUGGACAAGUUCGGCUUUAGGUUACCGUAUGCUGGGUAUUUUGGUGGCGUUUCUGGCUUAAGCAAGAAGCAGUUCCUCAAAAUCAAUGGCUUCCCCAAUGAGUAUUGGGGAUGGGGAGGAGAGGAUGAUGACAUCUACAACAGGAUUACACUGAACGGGAUGAAGGUGUCUCGGCCAGAUGUGAGGAUCGGCCGCUACAGGAUGAUCAAGCACGAAAGGGACAAGCACAACGAGCCCAAUCCCCAGAGGUUCAAUAAAAUUCAGAAUACAAAGAACACCAUGAGGAAGGACGGCAUCAGCUCGCUGACAUAUCGCCUGGUCUCUAUUAAAAAGUACCCGCUGUACACCAACAUCUCAGUGGAGAUUGGUAAACCACCCCCCAGACCACUCAGAGGAUAGACCACGGCCAGGUCCACACACACACACACACACACACACACACACACACACACACACACACACACACGCGCACACACACACAUAUAGAUACAUACAUAUACCGGCCAUGGCUGUGUGCCUCUGUGUGCAGCACUGAAAUGCUGAACAGGUUAGUUCUCAGGAAUACACUGAACUUGUUGUGGAUUUAAAAACCAUGAAUCCUCUUCAUUUCAGAGCUCGGACAAGCCAUAGCGAUAUGAACGAUGCUCUUAUCGACCUUUCCGGUCAAACCUGGAUGACUCAAAUAAAACUUUAUUUCUGGGCACAAUCUCAAAGGAGAACCCUGUUCACUUGAUGUACAUCGGUCAGAACGUUUGAGAAUCGAAUGUCUCUUUUCUACCUGCAGCUGCUGCAGCGUCUAACUCUUUCUCUCAUCAUAUCUGCGAAGCUGGAGAUGAUAAAGACACUUAAUCUGUGCUUGACAAAGCAUCUGAAGCAUCUUCUCUAUCGUUUUUUUUUUUUUCUGUUCUUUCUUAUUUUGUAUUUCUACUUCUACUUCCUGCUCUGUGACUUCAACCAUGGAAGCACUGAUUACGCUGAAAGCUUAAGAAUUUCAGCGAACGGAUUUGCAUAGAGGGUGCACAGGCGCCUCGGCAACCUUUUAUUUGCCCUGACUGGAGCCCUGCCUUUUGAAUUGAGUAGAAAGGGAUUCUUGGAACUCUCACUUGGAGACCAUGGGAAUUCUGGAAAAUGUGUACAUGGUCACCACCAUCAUAUUCUUUAGAAGCUAUGUGGAGUUUCUUUUUUUAUUGAUUGCUAAUUUUUGCAUAAAGUAGGUAUUUCUUUUUUUUCAACUUUAUGCACCUUAAUAUUAAUUACUUUGUGUGUGUGAAAGAGAGAGAGAGAGAGAGAGAGAGAGAGAGAGGUCAUGCUCAGAGAACACCACAGUGAACUAUUCUUUAACACUGGAAUGAUUAUUUUGCAAUCAUGCUUUGUCCUCACGCUUCUUUUUCUUUUUUCUUUUCUAUUUUUUUUUACUUACCCUUUGAUUGUUUUCAUUUUCUGCCUAUGCACACCAUACUGAUGCCUUCAGACGUCUUAGGAGGUGCUCGUGUGUUCUACUUUAGAGGUCUGUGUUAAGUUUAAUCCAGCCACCCAAUUCUUUUCCUCUGUCAUUCCUUUUCAUUUCAUUCCUUGCCUUCUGUUUGACUCCUAGUCGUUUAGUUUUAAUGUGCCAUGCUUUUCUUCCACAUGUUUGCAUCAGUGGUGAGUAGGGUUGUUUUUAACGUCCUACCUUUUAGGGAACACUUCUCUCAACCGCUAAUUGCAUCUCGGAAAUGUACAAAGCUGCCCUGUUUUUGCAUUUACAGCUUAAAAGUUUGGUAGAGAAACUUCUAGUUCAGCAAACUUUGUUGGCAGGGACAGUAUAUUCAAGCAGGUUAUUAUGCUUUUAUAUUUAUAAUAUACUACAACAGCGUUGUGGGAUGUUCGAAUGGUCAAAAGGUAGAGGCGCAAGCUACAAGACAAAUCAUAGGAUAAUAUGUACACAGGUUCAUGCAGGAGUGCACAAAUAUUCUGUUAUUGCUAAAAUGGUAAUGCUUUGUAUAUGGUGACAGUGAUGUAUCAUUGCUGAAAGGAGACUUUAGUGUUAGCUUUCGUAAGCUAGUAGUUCAAAUAUUUAGAAGAAAUUAGCUCGGAGAGCACUGUGGCAAAAAAAAGGUAGAAAGGAAGGAAAGCUAGUGAGGGACCAACGGUUAUAGCUGCCAUAACAUAAGUGAUAACAGACUUUUGCACGCAUUUCCAAAAGUUUUAAACAUAACUACAAAUACAUGUAUUGGUACGACUGUUGUUCUUUAAUAAAUCAACAAGUUCAGCUUGCUCUCGUUUAAGAGGAACAAAAAGCAUACUUCAGGACGUGCUGAAUAUAGUCUUUGCAUAACACCUCACAAAUGUUUUUCUCACUUACGACACAUCAUGUCCUGGUUUUAUUCCAUAAUUAUUAUAAUAUAUUAUAUUUCUAAUACUAUACUUAUGAUUAUACAAAAAAAACUGUAUACAGUAAUACCAAAGCAUAUCAACCAUUUUGCUUGUCGACCGUGGUGCACAUGUAGCUAAUACCCCACAUGCAAAACCUGUUAUAUAGUGCAGAAUCCUACACGUGACACAAAAUCAUUAUAGUAUAUUAAAAGUAACCAUUAUAUCAGCAGUAAUGGCCACAAUGGCAUUGUAGUCACCUGGGACUUUUUAACAUAUAUUCCAAAGUAAGAUUAUUUCCUUUCUGGUUCUUCUUGAUGAUGUAUCUGAACAGAAAGAACAAGAGUGGUACAUUGAGCACGUCAUCUUUUAAAUUUUAUUUCCCACAGCAGAUAUGUGUGAGUUUUAUGAGAUGUGAAGGGCGUAUUUUUUUCCUCUCCUCUUCCCUUUAUCGAGUCUGGCUUAUGAACCGCAGUAUACUGCAGCAGCCUUGUUCUUUUCUUUGUGUCGUUCUUUCUAUUUUCUGUUGUUUUGUUUGAAUUGCUGUGAAUUUGUACAUAUACGACAUACGAGGAAAAUAACAAGCUCUGUUUGUGAGUUAGAAUAGUGCUGUUGAAUUGAAUCUACAGUGUAGAUGUGAAGGUGCACUUUUUUUUUUUUUUGUCAGUCCCAAGAAGGAGAAACAUGUUGUUGGAACAUAAUCAUACUGGUUUCUGAAUGGAAACCAGUUUUUUGUAAUCAUCUACCUACAUAUCGUCGCUGCUAUAUCAUGACGCUAGUCAGGAAGUCGUCUCGUUCCGUGUUUUGCACAAUACAAGAAAGAAAGAUGAUUGGUCCUUAUCAGUGACUAUACAUACUACAGAACUACUGCAUACUGUAGGAUCAGCUUAAGCACAUUCCGGUAUGAUAACAUUACUGUCGGGAGAUUUUCUGCUGUAUAUCCUCCCUAAAGAAAUAGCGCACUGUGUGUAGCUCUCUUUUGAUGUUUAUGCUCCCUUAUGCUCCUCUUUCCUCUCCUCCCCUCUGUUCUCCUCAUCCAUUCCAUUCCUUCAUCCUUGUCAAGAAAAAGUAAAAAGUGAAAUAUAUGAGAAAAGGGCAGGGGGCGCUCUGACUUAUCACACGUGAAAUAAACUUUGGCCUUCAAGCUUGGAGUGGCUUUUUGAAAACCUACUGAAUCUACCUUUUCUUUUCUUUUUUUUUUUUUUGGUACAUUGAAUGUCAACAUUUGGUUCUAUGUAGAAUGCAUUAUGUCAUAACAAACAUACUUUUUGUAUACAAUAAAAUAAAGAAGAGCUGUUGCUUGGAAA